UUUUCUCACUUUCGACUUUAUCUCCGCUCGGAGAAGUCCUUUUUCGAGAAGGCUCUACAAUUGAGUAUACAGAUAAGUCUAAAUAACGAGAGGAAAUCCCAGUAUAUCGAAAGAUGGGAAAGCGGAAAUCAAGCCAGAGCCGGGUGGCCCGCCAACCAAAGAUUGCUAGGCCUAGACAGUCUACAAGAUUAAGGCAGUCUAGCAACGACACCACUCAAGACGUACUCGGCACCUCAACUCCCCGGCGGGCGGGGCGGCCAAAACGGGCGAGACACUCGAGCGGUAACCCCAGCAGUGGACGCUCAGCCACUACCAGCAUAAACCCGGCUCCGGAGACUGACGGACCACAAUACAGUGGAAACGAGACAACUGGAGCGAACCAGUCAUCAAGCCAGCCGCCUUUACAUGCACAGCCAAUGCAAGAUGGGGCGAUUCCGCAAACUAGCACCAGGAGCACGAGACCGACCAAGUCGUAUACCUACGGGAAUAGUGCUGACCUAGCAGCAGAAACACAUAGACUACUAGGACAGUCCUUAGCAGAGGGAUCACAGCGGGCAUACCAGAGUGCUGUAGACUCAUUUCAAGAGUUUCGAUUGAAUAGACAACUGAAUACAUCAUGGCCUACAACAACUACACAGGUUAUGGCAUUCAUCGCACACCUCUCCAUUAAUGGGAAAUCAUCAUCAACCAUCACAAAGCAUGUCGCAGCGUUAUCAUAUUUACACAAUAUGUACAGCUGGGCGGACCCAACUAAACAUUUCUUAAUUAAGAAAAUGCAGGAAGGGAGCAGGCGCGACAGAUCUAUGGUAGACAGUAGAAGACCCAUAACUUGGGAACUUUUAGAGACAAUCAUACCAACAUUAUACCUUGUAUGCUAUUCUCACUACGAAUCAAUGAUGUUUCACGCAUCAUAUUUAUUAGCAUUUUUUGGGUUUCUGAGAGUGGGAGAAUUCACGAUUCAAAGGAAGGGCGAUGACUUAAACAAGGUCAUAGCGAGGGAUGACAUCAAAUUUUGCAGUGGCCCGAAGGGAAGCCUGCUAGUACGUAUUAGAUUCUCAAAAACCGACCAAUACGGGCAAGGAACCACGAUCAAUAUCGGUAGCAAUGGGACAGAUGAAAAGUGCCCUGUGAAAGCCAUGAAAGCAUACCUCCGUGUAAGACCUGAUAUAGAUGGUCCGUUAUUUUGUCAUCGUGAUGGGGCCCCUGUAACUAGGUAUCAAUUUAGUUCAGUUCUGAAGAAAACCCUACAGCACAACGGGUACAGUGGUAGCCAAUAUGGCACACACUCCUUUCGAAUCGGAGCGGCAACCACAGCGGCCCUGAAAGGCGUUCCCCCAGAACAGAUAAUGGCAAUGGGAAGGUGGCGCAGCUCUGUGUACAUGCGUUAUAUCCGCUAAAUAUCAGGUGCAACUUAAAAUUGAUAGGAAUAAACGUUAUCAUAAACAUAAUAAUUAUAAGGAUAAUAAUAAUGAUAACUUUAUAUACAGCAUAAUAUGUUACGAUAUCAACGCGCUCCACAUAAAUUAUGCAAUUAAUUCCCAACAAGGCCACAACAUUACAUUAAUAGAGAUCACCAUGACAAAUUGGAGUUAAAUUACUAACGGGCAAACGGGAAAGCAGUAAUAAUUCUACACAAUUAUUUAACCUAAUUCGUUAUAAUACAAUAAAAAGUUGAACACGACACAAAGUAUACAACGUGCAGAUCAAUUAUGUGAAGUGCUCAUGUUAAUAACCAGAAUGGGACUGGAGGAUCAACCAGGAGUUACUAUCCUGAUUAGACUCCCCCAAUCAUUAAUAUUGUCGUAACCCCCAUCGCUGCUAGGUUUUACAUGUAACACAGAGGAACGAUCAUUCCUUCCUUUUUUCCUUUUAAUGGAAACCUACUAUCACAUACUUUCAUAGUAAAUUAUAAGUGGGAGAAUAAGUAGCCCGCGUGUAUGAUGAUAUGAAUAUGAAUAUAGAACACAUUACUUUGGGGAGUUUUUUUUCCAUCCUGUUUCAGAGACAACCGGCGACAGGAUCUGGAUCGUAGGCGACAGCUUGGUCAGACGUGCCAAGCAGAGGGCGAGCAUGCCCAACCGCCAAGAUCUGGGAAGAGCAAGAGGGACGGUCCAAUGGCACGGUCAGGGAGGAGCGACGUUACAAGACCUUCCGCGCCUGGUGGAGAACAGGUUGAGAUACAACCAACGAGCACCUGCGCUAGUAAUCGUGCAUCUGGGAACAAAUAACUUGGGCCUGAAUGAUGCCUGCCAAUGCAGAAUCGCGAUCGAUAUGGCUCUUCAAACCCUUCGGACAGCCAUGCCUCGUACGCACAUCGCCUGGUCGACCAUCAUCCCACGCCUAUUCUAUCAUAGCAGUCGUGGUCAUCGAACAUCACAAGACGCCAUGGAUGGGGUCAGGAAAUCGCUCAACAAGUACGCGAGGAGAUUAAUAGCCCGGCUGCCGAAUGCGUCAGUUAUUGCUCAUCAGUUGGAUCCAUCCAAUCACAGUUUAUUUUUAAGAGAUGGGGUACACCUGUCCGACAGAGGAUCCGACGCUCUCAUCGAUAACUUCCAAGAAGGAAUAGACUCGGGCUUGGGUACACAUGAAUAGAACAUUUACAUCCACGGAAACGGGACAAUAACACUAAUUCGGCUAUUAAUGAGCCUUGUGGAAUCUCGGACAGACUGGGUUCGAUGUGACAAUGGAAUUAUUAUAACACAAAAAGUUGAGGAACAGCGUGUUGUAACGUGAGUUACAUAUUCAGAUAUAUACGCCUUCAUUUUGGGAUUCACAUUAAACUUGAAACUUAUUUAAUUGCUGACAAACUAGAACCAUAUUUAAAUUAAUGAUUGAUUUUGAUGUACUAGUAUACGUCGUACAUAAUUGUUAAGCUAGCAGAGGGUGGAGUCAGAGCCACUCGGUCGCACAGUAGCCUCAGAACUACAAAGUGGGCCAUAGGGGAAUUUUCCCCGACAAAGGAAAUAUAAUUAUUUUGCUCGUUAAACUAAGCCACAAUGGCAAUAUUGUCGGGUUUUCGCCUCUAUCACUGUCUGGCUAGCAGCAGGAAUAAUAACAUAAGAUUACAAUAUGUUACGGAUUGAAUCCAUGAUAAAUACAUGAUAAUAGUUAGUUAAACAGCAUGGGUCCAUAGAUGGUAAGGAAGCAACCAUGGCAAACCACGCCCAACCCCCCCCCCCCCCACACACACAAAAAAAAAAAAAAAAUGUGGGUGGAGGAUUUCUUUUACUCGUGAUUAUUCCAUGGUUGGUUCCGAUUAUCACCACUUCUUAUAUAUGCGCUGGUAUAGUAGCACCGGGAUAACAUUGGGGAUACUGCAGGAGAUACUAUCCUGUCGGUGGGUCACGUAAACCCCAGGUAUCUGGGGUGAUCGGAGGGAGUUACUACCCUUGCGCUGAUCGCGUGACUCGAGACCCCACAAAUAUAGUGUUUCCAUAACUAUGUUAUUUAUGCAUUGAUGAUUUUGUGAGUAUUGAAAAGUUGUGGGGAUCAUCCGUAGGAGAUACUAUCCUACCGGCAGGUCACGUAAACCCCAGGGACCUGGGGUGAUCGGAGGGAAUUACUAUCCUUCCGCUGAUCGCGUGACUCGAGAUCCCACAAAUAUAGUGUUUCCAUAACUAUGUUAUUUAUGCAUUGAUGAUUUUGUGAGUAUUGAAAAGUUGUGGGGAUCAUCCGUAGGAGAUACUAUCCUACCGGCAGGUCACGUAAACCCCAGGGACCUGGGGUGAUCGGAAGGAGUUACUAUCCCUCCGCUGAUCACGUGACCGGAGAUCCCUACAAUUUUGAGUUUCACUCAUGGUACAUGUACCCUUAAGAUUGUUGAAUCAUAUCACGUUUAUACAUUAUUGUCGAAUUGUUUAUGGUGGACCCUCUUUAUUGUGGUUAUAAGAUUUUGUUAUUGCUUUUAUGCAUGUUACUUGUUUUACUUUGACUUUCCUACUUUACAUGUUUUGAGGAAAAGGACUCCUAGUUUCGGAGCGGAAUAAAUGUCGAGCAAACUGCAAA